AUGUCACGAUCGGCCUACCAGCGAGAGUACCACAUUGCCGUGCUGGGCUCUGGUGGGGUGGGGAAAAGCUGUCUUACCAGUACGAUCGAGGCGAGCUCUUGCGAUUGCGCCAUCGACUGACACCAGCAGUGCAAUUCGUCCAGGGAGUAUUCGUGGAGCGAUAUGACCCGACCAUCGAGGACUCCUACCGGAAACAUCUGGAUGUGGAUGUAUGGGGAAAUCUGUACAAUCGCUGCUGUUCACGAGCAACUGGCUGAAAUGGCACACAGGGUAGACAUGUCGUUCUCGAAAUCAUGGACACCGCUGGCACGGAACAGUUCAGUAAGUCUUGGACGCAUACACGAUCAAUCCGUCUCGAGUGUGGGACAAAGCUGACUCCCGUCUCAAAGCUGCAAUGAGGUACCUUGCCUGCGACCGAUCUUCUCUCCACUCUCCCCUCUAACCCACCACGCAGAGACAUGUACAUGCGCCUCGGUCAAGGCUUCCUCCUCGUCUUCAGCAUAACAUCCGCCUCCUCCCUCCGCGAACUCAUCGAACUCCGCGACCAGAUCGUGCGAACCAAAGGCGACCAGACAUUCCCCAUGGUGCUGGUCGGAAACAAAUCCGACCUGGAAGAAGAGCGCGCGGUAUCCAGAGCAAAGGCAUUCCAACUCUCGCAGAGUUGGGGCAAUAUCCCAUAUUACGAAACAAGCGCGAGACGGGCGACGAAUAUCAAUGAAGUUUUUACGGAUGUCUGCAGGCAGAUUAUAAGAAAGGAACUCGCGAAGGCGCGGCCGGAGGAAGUGGAACGGAGGAAGAAGAAGAGAAGGCGGAGGGAUGACAGAGGUGGUAGACACCAUGACGAUCGUGGCGGAGGGCCGAAAUGUGUCAUUCUGUGA